AUGAAAUACAUAUUAAUACGGGAAAACGUGAAUGUAUUGGAUUUACCUGAUGAAAUCAUUGAACAGAUCUGUUCCUAUAUUUCACCUGUUCAGUUGUGUUUAUCAAGAUGGGAUAAGAUCAGCAAAGGAUUCAGAGAUAUGCUACAGCAAAUAUAUAAGAGCUGUCGUAUACUGGAUACAAUUACAGGGCAGGAUUUCAGAUUUUUCGAACAGUUCUGUUUGCCUCAAGCUUAUGAAGAUAAGAUCCUCAUAAAAAACCUCGAAAUUGUUAUUCGAAAUAUUUUUUCACAUAUUACGAUGCUUACCAUUUCUGCGGGAACAUUUUGUGCAGAUAGAAAUUUUUGA